CACAUUUGUAAUAUAUGUCCUCUAUUUUUUUCAGUUUGGUACAUUACUUAAGUCAACUUAAGGUGGAUUGUUUUAAUUAAGACUGUAUUAUGUCCACCAGAAAACCAUCAACAUGUUCAGUGUCUUUGUUUUUUUCCCCCAAAGAAAUAAGAGCACCAAUCGUUAGGGCUCCAGAGUCCUCUUCCUGUUCAGAAAGAACAACAAGACUGGAGAACAAAGAUAACACUGAGUCAUGUCCGACUCGGAGACCAUCGAGCUAGCCGCUCUGGGCCGACCCUUCCAGCUGGGGAUGCUGUAUGACUGUCGUAGAGAUGUCCUCAUUCCAGGUAUCACUCUCUGGGAUUCUGAGAUGCUGCAGAAACGCAUCAAUGUCCGUCCACAACCGAACACUGACUUCAAAAUCAUUGCUUCAGACUCAAGUGAAGCCAAGUCAGAAGCUUUGAAUGUGUCUGCAUCUCUUGAGGCCAGUUUCCUUGGUGGCUUAGUCAGUGUGAAGGGUUCUGCUGAAUUCCUACAUGACAAAAAGACCUCAAAGCAUCAGUCUAGGGUUUCUCUGCAGUACCGUACCACCACAUGCUUCGAGCAGUUGACCAUGGACCACCUGGGGGCAGGAAAUUUGAAAUACUCUAAUGUCUUACAAGAGGGCUCUGCAACCCAUGUGGUGACUGCCCUGCUGUUUGGAGCGCAGGCCUUUUUCGUUUUUGACCAAGAGGUUUCCUCAGGAGAGAACCACCAGGACAUCCAGGGAAACCUGCAGGCCACAAUAAAAAGAUCCCUCAAAUGUCAAUAG